AGUGGUUCAGUUAAGGUGGUACGGUUCAGCAGCGUGCUUUUAAUUCAACUUUCAUUUUCAUCCUCAAUUCUUGAAAGAUGCAAGGAUGUCGCAUAGACAUUUCGAGAACUAGGGUGACUGGUUUUUGAGCCCAAAAUCAUAACACUACAAGGAAUUUCUCCUGCUUUGAAACGUGUCUUCAUAACAGCGCUCUGCAGGGAGGCAGUUUUCUUAUUAGAAAUGUUUUGUUGAUCGUAACGAGUUCCUUUUGAUAACUGAUGUCGGAAAAAAUGCCGCGCAUGACGUUCAAAUUUGUUGACGUCCCAAUGUUCUGCACUUGACACUAUCAUGGGGGCAUAAUCAGAUCAUCUGAGUUUACGUCACAACAAUUUUGUCUGCUCUUUUUAGAAACCAAAAGAACUGGCGGUUUUGUUAACAUGCCAGCUGAGAGUUGUCAUUGAUAAUUCACUUCCCCUGUUUCGUGUCUACUUAACUAUUCAAAUUUUAAGGAUGUUGUUCUUGGUUGAAGCAGGGGAAUUUAUCAGAUUUUCACAUGUUGGUGCAUUGGCAGAACAAAAAUGUUUGUUGUUACGUUGAAUAUUGGAAAAUUCUUAUCUAAACAGUUUCGUGUUGACACUUGGCUUAAUCCCCUUCUAAACGGAUCGAUGAAGACUUUGACAUUACGUCUGCAGAUGUAAUUUCAUUACGUAAAAGUGAAACCAUAAACAAAAGUAUCAUACUUCAACUGUUCGGUCCAUAUAAGUCCAUUCGUCUCUCUGAGAUGAUCAUAUCCUUUCUGAGGUCAUAAGCGCCAGAUCUUAAAUAGAGCGUUGUGGAAAUAAUCGAGUCAGAAGUAAAAAAAUAAUGUUCUCUAAACUGAGCCCAAGUUUCGCCCGCAAAGGACACCAACAACUCACAUGCAGUGACGCGGACGAGAAAGAUCGAGUGAUUGCUGGAGUACAGUACAGCGUACGUUACAUUGGAUCCACAGAAGUUGCAGGAGCAAGUGGGACUGGCAGCGGAAAGACGGAAAAACCUGUAGCCACAGUAUUUGAAGAGCAGAGGAAGACUGGCAACGGCAAGACGCAGAAGAAAAUGAUCCUGAACGUGUGUUCGAAAAGCUUGAGCGUCAGUGAGGAAGCGAGCGGAAAACUGGUCGCAAAUUUCGCGAUCUCUAAGGUAACCUUCUGUAACAUCGACAACUUCCACGAGAAAGCGUUUGUGUUCAUUGCACGAGACAAGGCAGAAAGUCCAUUUAAGGCAUUUGUCUUCACCUGCGAAAGCAAAGCAAAGGCACGGGAACUUUUCAAGGCACUUUCCUUGGCUUUCAUGAUCAAUUACGAAAGUUAUCAAGCGUCAUUGGCUCGUGGUUGGCCAAACGGCGCAACGCAUGUGCGCAACGAUGAGAGCAAACAAACGUUCUUCAAUGGAAUAGGCGGUGAGUGUUUGGACGAAGCGCAGCCCGCAAAAGCGAAAGCGGAACAUUUGAAUGGUGCGUUCACUUCGCAGAAAGAAUCUCACCUGCUCAAUGUAAACGGUUUUCGAUCCACUCAAGAGACAGUUCCGAAGAAAAUGACACCCAUACCGAAUAAAAACCUUCUACGCGUUGCAGAUUACCGCUUGCAGAGCUCGUCGAAUCCCCCGCACGGUUUGAAAACAAACGCAUCAAUCGUCCCCGACUCAGAAACUCGUCCGUCUUCGCUGCAUCCCCCGAAGAUAAAAAAGAAUGAUGAAAUGGAAGAGGAGUUUACAGAAUUUGCUGAACUGAGGUCGAAAUGUCGCUCCAAUUCGGCGCUCGAAGCCCCAUCAAGCAGACAUCCCGGAAAUGUUUUUCAUGGCUUCCAAGGCUGUGACAGUGCCCCGAAUGUGUGGGGCAGCUUCCAAAACUACUCUUGCCCGACGAUUUAUUGAAUACUCUUACCUUGCCCGAAUGGUUUAUUUAGAGUUCUUUUGAAGUAACAGGUUAUUUAUUGUUAAAUCGUAAAGGAUGGCGCUUGCGAAUUUCCCUCGCGGUCGGAGAACAUGGUGCGAUUAGUAAAGGAAAUCCUGGGUCAACUAUGCCCGCAAUUUGCUCCAAAAGCUGUCAGCCUGUGAUAAAUGAAUUUCAAUCGUUUUUGUUGAGAUAGGUAUGUUUGUGUCUUAAGGAAUGUUAGAAAGAAUUUCAGUUAACGUGUGACUGUACUGAACUGCUCGGGAGAAGAAGAAGCCGAUUGUAACAGCUUUUUCUAGAACGAUCUCCAACAAAAUAAAAAAACUUUGGAAUUUUGA